GCACGGGUCAUCACUGGUUCAUCGCCGUUGCUCCAGUCGUACAGACUUCAGGGUGUACAGUGCCCUGUGCCCCGGCGGUUUACCCUCCGAUCGAUCCAUCGGCUCACCGCCAAAAUGUCAAUCUCGCUCCGCCUCGCCGUCCCGCUCCCGCCGUCGGCGCAGGCGCCCGCGCCACGCCGCCGGGGCCUGCGCCCGAGAGCCGGCGGAAAUGCCGUCACCGUCUCCCCGGUCGUCUUACGGCCGCCGCGCGCGCUCAGGUCCGCGGCCGUACACCCACACGGUGACGGUGAGACGGGUUUCGUCGUGUCGUGCAGCUCCCGAACAAAUUAAUUAAGAAAUGCCGCAUAGCUCUCAUCGCCCAGGCCGGGGUGGGGGUCUUGCUGUGCUGGAUCUCACAAGGCAAGAGUCCUAGUCUUACGGUUUCAUGGGUUUUCUGGCGAUCUGCAGGGGAGACGCGUGGUGGCGCCGCCGGGGAGACGCCGCCGUGUGCUGCGCGUCGGCGCACAUCAGCACCGAGGCGCUGCAAUGGAUAGCAGACGCGGAAGAAGCCCAAGAAAAGCGGUGCGUCUGCUAUCCUUGCUUCCAGGUGAACUGGAGCUUCCCUUGUCAACGAUGCUGUAUGCUGUUUGUUAGUAUUGCUCCUUACCAGUUUAUGAACUUGAGGGGCACUCAAGACUCUGUAAUACUGUCAUUGGCAAUAGCAGCUUAUCUCGCGUUUCAGCAUUUCACCGGGGCCGGAGGCGUGCGGAAGGCCUUGGACCAUGGAGCGGUAGUUGCAACCUUGUGCAUCAUCUGCAUCACGCUUAUCCCCUUCUUGUUCUUGCUCUGAUUCCGGUGUGGCGUAUGAUAAAGCCUUGCUCCUCUCAACUCGUGGAGGUGUGGAGAUGAAGUGCAGGAUGCUGGGAAGCUGCAGAAAACAAAGGAAGUUCUUGUGUUGCAUGAUCCUAGUCCUACAUAACUUGCAGCCUUUUCCUAAUUGAAAGCAACUUCUGAUCCAUCUACUGCUUUAAGAUUUUAAGCAUUUCAUGUAGUAUGUAUGGCAUGAUGAUGUGAAUGUGAUAUAUGGUCAGUCAAAGUUUCCUCUCUAUCAUUCCAAUAUCGGA